AUAAUAUUUUAUAUUGUAGUUAUUGUUAGUUUAAUUUUUUGUGGAUGUUGUGCAAACGCGAUUAAUUUUGAUGAUAAGAAUGUAGUGAAUAUUAAGUUAAAUCCUUACGAUAGAGUCGAAGGAUCUUAUUUUGGAUAUUCUUUGUUGUUGCAAAGAGGAUCUAAACCAUUUGUAAUAGUAGGAGCCCCCAAAUUUAGUAAAAAAUCUGGAGGAAAAAUAUUUGCAUGUGACAUUUCAAGCAAUGAUGGAUGCUUCAAAUAUUCCAUUAAAGCUGGGGGUAACAAACAUACUUUUAACGGUAACUUUUUUGGUUCUUCUCUAGAUGGCAGUGAUGAAUCUGGAAAAGCUUUUAUUGCGUGUGCUCCAAGAAAAACAGUUCGUGUUGAAGAGGUAAAUUUUGUAAAUUAUAUUUCAAAGGGAUCCUGCUUUUUGCAAAAAAACUCUUCGAAAACUACUGAAGGGAGAUUUUCCGAACUGGAGCUUUUAAUAAAUGACGAUAUCGGAAAAUCUAUGGUUGAGAAGAAGUAUUUAGAUAGUGAUUACGCACAAGCUGGAUUUGAUUUAUUUUAUAAAGGAGAAUCUUCUUCGUUUUUAAUAGGAGCUCCUGGUAAAAUAAACUGGAACGGUGCCAUUGUUGAUCAGUCGUUAGACUCAAUGCAGGAUUACAAAAUUAUUUCACAGAAGCAUAGCCCUUAUACCUAUGAUUAUUUAGGUUACAAAGUGGGUCGCGGCAUUUCCAGUAAUUCUAGUUUUUUAUUUGCUGGAGCACCAAGGGCAGGCAAUUUAUUCGGGGAAGUAAAACUUUUCAACGACAAAAACGAAAACUACAGAACUUUCCAUGGAGAUGAAAUGGGUGCUUAUUUUGGAUCUGCUGCUUUGGCAUACGACGUUAAUAAUGACGGAUCAGACGAUUUUUUUAUUGGUGCUCCAAUGGCUGCUGGUUCAAGUUUUGAGGAAGGUUGUGUUUACUUUUAUAAUAAUGCAAAUGGAAACCCUACAAAAUUGGUUGGAGGAAGAGGAAGAGCAAGAUUUGGAUCUAGCAUUGUAGCUUUAGGAGAUAUAGAUCUUGAUUCAUUCAAUGAUAUUGCAAUUGCUGCUCCUUUCGAAGACGAUGGUAUAGGAGCAGUCUAUGUAUUUAUGGGAAGUAGUGAUGGGAUCCAAAAUGGUUUUGGUCAGCGCAUAGUUCCGUCAACAUUUGCGAACCCUGCACUUAACGUCAAAGGUUUUGGAAUGGGUAUUUCAAGAGGGAAUGAUAUAAAUGGCGACGGUCAUAAUGAUCUUGCGAUAGGUGCUUACAAAAGUGGCCAGGUCUUUAUUAUUAAAAGUAAACCUGUAAUUGAUCUCAAAACAACUUUAGACUUAUACCUAAUACCUCUAAGUGUUCUCGAAAACCACCAGAACUUACAACGAGGAAGUCUAAAAUAUUGCGUUAAGUUUACACCUAGGAGUAAAGAAAUCAAAGAAAGUCAGUCUCUAGCAUUUAUAUUCGACGUUAUCCAAGAUUAUAGAGUCGAAACAAAUACUAUUUUCCCACAAAAUAUAACUGUGCUUCCACGAAAAGAAGUUUGUCAGUACUUCACGUUCAGAGUUAAGGAUAAUUACGCUAAUGUUAUUCAUCAAAUCCUUACUUUUAAAUUAUAUACCUAUACUACGGAUAAAGUAUUUGCGGAGGGUCCUAGCGUGAUAGAAAAAUCCAUCGUUUAUCCUGAAGAAGUAUGUCGUAAUAGUAAUGGUUGUAAAAUAGAACAAACUUUGCUUAUGACAACGUUUGAUACAGGUGACGAAAUUGUGUGGGGUUUAAAUAAAGCAGUAAGUAUAAACGCAACAGUUGACAAUUUUGGCGAUCCCAGAUAUGGGUGCAAAAUUCAUAUGAAAAUUUCUAAACAAUUUAAGCUAAGUGAUGAAAGAAAAUGUACUUAUGAAUCAGAUACUGCAGAAAAUUUAACAUAUGUUAUUUGUCCAUUCGGAUCACUGCCGAAUAUCACGUACAAAGAGAUACAUUUUGAUCUGACGAAAAUUAAUCCAGGCACUACGGAUAUUGAAUUUUCCUCCGAUUUAAUUUGUUUGGGAGAAGCUUUGAAAGAUGAAGGAGAGAAAUACCACCUCCAUAUUACUAAAGAAAAUAGUCCAUAUAUCCAAGGAAAAUCUGAUCCAGAAGUUUUUGAAUACACUGCCGGAAUCACCCGAGAAGACGAAUAUAUGACAUUCCACCAUGUAUUCACACUUGGAAAUUUUGGGCCAUCCCCGGUAAACACUGACGUUUAUCUAUUAUUUCCUCAGUUAAUAAUAAAUAAUACAGCUUUAGUUCAAUUAGUUGAAGUAAAGGAAACUCUGGAAGGCACCGAGACAUCCUGUUAUCCAGAAGAUCUACCUGAUAUUAUUGUUGAUAGUAUAGCAAAUGUUACCUUGGAACAUAACCUAUACGAUGACAAUACUGUGGCAACGAAUUGCUCUGACAUAAAAAAAUGCUUUACAUUCCUUUGUAGAGGAGAUUACUUGUAUUCACCUACAGUCACUGCCAAAUAUAGUUUGAAAGUAAAAAUCAAUACAACAUUUUUAGAACAAUAUUUGCUAACACUACCAGAUAAGAAAAGGAUACUAGCGUACACUUCAUCAGCAUUUCAUUCUAAUGCUACGUUAUGGAUGGAAAGUCAUACAACUUUAUUGGUUACCUUACAUGAAGUGCAGCCAGUUCCUAUUUGGUUAUGCAUUGCAUCUGGACACUUAGGAUUCCUACUUUUGGGCAAACUAAUUUAUAUUUUAUACAAAUUUAAAUUUUUCAAACGCCGCUAUCGACAACAAAUGGAUACUGUACGUCUGAUGGAUCACAUAUUUGAAAUGUAACCAGAAAAUCAUAACGUCGAACCAAUUAGAGCAGGAUGAAGAGUACACGAACGAAAUUAAUAUAUGGAUUAAGUUUUUAAGUUAAGUUAGUUAACCUUUAACUACCCGCGCAUCAAGUUAUAACAUAACUACACGCGUGGCGUACUUUGUACGCCACAAGAAAAUACAC